AUGCCCAAAGGUAAGAGGGCCAAGGGGAAGAAGGUGGCCCCAGCCCCUGCCAUCAUGAAGAAACAGGAGGCCAGAAAAGUGCUCAAUUCUUUGUUUGAGAAAAGGCCCAAGAACUUCAGCAUUGGGCAGGACAUGCAGCCCCAAAGAGAUCUCACUCGCUUCAUUAAAUGGCCCCACUACAUCAGGCUGCAGCAGCAAAGGCUCAAAGUACCUCCUGCCAUUAACCAGCUCACCCAGGCCCUGGACUGGCAAACAGCUACCCAGUGGCCUAAGCUUGCCCACAGGUACAGGCCAGAGACAAAGCAGGAGAAGAAGCAAAGGCUGCUGGCCUGUGCUAAGAAAGCUGCUGGCAAAGGGGGCAUCCCAACUAAGAGAUCAACGGUCCUUCGAGCAGGGGUCAAUACAGCCACCACCUUGGUGGAGAACAAGAAAGCUCAGCUGGUGGUGAUUGCCCAUGACGUAGACCCCAUUGAGCUGGUGGUCUUCCUGCCUGCCCUGUGUCGAAAGAUGGGGGUCCCCUACUGCAGCAUCAAGUGAAAGGCCAGGCUGGGACGGCUGGUCCACAGGAAGAC